AUGGCCGGCCCGAACGUGAAGAAGCGCAGCCACCAGGACUUCCCCUCCAAGGGAAAACCGCACAGGCCGAGCAAGAAGCAGAGAAAUUACAAGGUCGCCCAGUAUCACAGCGACUCCGACUCCAAUCCCGACUUUACCCCCGUCUACCUCGACUCCGACAACGAAGACCUCGACAAUGCCGCCGUGGAUGACAUAGCGUCAGGUUCUGGUUCUGGAUCAGACUCGCGCUUGGAUUCAGAUGCUACAGAAUCGCGGCCGACACCUGCUAGCAAAAAGCAAAAACCCCAGAACCCAAAAAAGGCUGAAAAAGGCGGUUCCGGUGGCGAGGACUCGGACGGACAAGACUCGUCGGGAGGGGAGGACGAUGAUGAAGAGGAUGAAUCAGACUCAGGGGCCGAGGCCUCAACCACGAGAUCCAAAAAGUCCAAGUCGAAGCGCAACGACCCGGAUGCUUUCGCCACGUCUAUAAACAAGAUUCUCUCGACGAAACUCUCGACCACACGCCGAGCAGACCCCGUACUUUCACGCAGUGCGGAUGCGCACAAGGCGGCGAAGGAAGCGGUUGAGAGCGCGUUGGAUUCAAAGGCGAGAAAACACCUGCGCGAACAGAAACGGCUGGCUUCCGAGAAGGGCAGAGUUCGGGACGUGUUGGUAGGCGCCACGAAUCCAAAGACAGGCGAGCCCGAGACUUCGACGGGAGAGAUAUUGCAGACGGAGAAGCGGCUUCGGAAAGUGGCUCACAGAGGUGUCAUCAUGCUGUUCAGAGCCGUCAGGGAGGCGCAGGAGAGGGCCGCUGAUGCCGACAAGGAGGCCAGGAAAGAUGGCAUCACUGGUGUAAUGAGACGAGAGGAGAAGGUGAAUGAGAUGAGUCGCCAAGGUUUCCUCGAUCUUAUAGCUGGUGGAGGUGGGAAGUCGAAGAGAGGUGCAUCAGAGGAGUAG